AUGGUGAACGUUCCCAAGACACGCAGAACAUACUGCAAGGGUAAACAAUGCAAGAAGCAUACCCCACACAAGGUCACCCAAUACAAGACCGGUAAGGCCUCCUUGUACGCCCAAGGAAAGCGUCGUUAUGAUGCUAAACAAAAGGGUUAUGGUGGUCAAACCAAGCCAGUUUUCCACAAGAAAGCAAAGACAACCAAGAAGGUCGUUUUGCGUUUGGAAUGCUCAGCAUGCAAAUACCGUUCUCACAUGGCUUUGAAGCGUUGCAAGCACUUCGAAUUGGGUGGAGACAAGAAGACAAAGGGUGCUGCUUUGGUUUUCUAA